AUGUCAAUAAUUAACGUAAAUAGCAGCUCAGAUGUAACAGAAUUUAUUUCAGCAAAUAUAGAUGAAAAUACUGAGAAAAAUAGUAAUGGUCCUUUAAAAUUGGAGCAUCUCUUAUCAAGUGGUCUUACGAAAAGAGAUUUGGAUCUAUUACGAGAAAAUGGAUACCAUACAGUAGAGUGUUUAGCUUAUGCUCCUAAAAGAAGUUUGCUAUGUAUAAAGGGUAUAAGUGAACAAAAGUGUGAAAAAAUUAAAACAGCAUGUAAAGAUUUAGUUGCUAUGGGAUUUUGUAGUGGAUCAGAGUAUCUUCAAGCACGAACAAACUUGAUAAGAUUUACAACUGGUUCUAAACAGCUCGAUAGACUUUUACAGGGUGGGAUUGAGACUGGAAAUAUAACUGAGAUCUUUGGAGAAUUUAGAACAGGGAAAACUCAACUUUGUCAUACAUUAGCAGUUACCUGUCAACUACCAGUUGAACAUAAUGGUGGUGAAGGUAAAUGUUUAUGGAUUGAUACUGAAGGUACAUUUCGUCCAGAGAGGAUUGUACAAAUAGCUGAGAGAUUCUCAUUGAAUGCAUCUGACUGCCUAGAUAAUAUAGCAUAUGCACGUGGUUUCAAUACAGAACAUCAAAUGGACUUACUUCAGUCAGCUGUUGCAAUGAUGUCUGAGUCAAGAUUCGCAUUGAUGAUUGUUGAUAGUGCUACAGCACUAUACAGAUCUGAAUAUAAUGGACGAGGUGAAUUAGCAUCAAGACAGAGCCACUUAGGCCAAUUUUUACGUGGGCUGCAGAAGAUUGCUGAUACCUUUGGAGUUGCAGUAAUCAUUACUAAUCAGGUUAUGUCGAAAGUAGAUGCAAUGGCUGCAAUAUUUCAAAAUGAUAAAGUACCAAUUGGGGGCAAUAUAAUCGCACAUGCUUCACAGACAAGAUUAUACCUAAAGAAGGGGCGUGCAGAAACUAGAAUAUGCAAAAUAUAUGACUCACCCAAUUUACCGGAAGGAGAUACUGCAUUUGCAAUUACAGAAGGUGGAAUAAAUGAUCCUAAUGAUGAAAAAAGCUAA